GACUGUUGAUAAAAUAUCGAUAUAUCGAAAUAUCGAUAUUAUUAUUUCGGAAUAUCGAUAUUUAUUACUAAUAUUUUUUUGGACGAUAUAUCGAUAGUUCGAUAUUGAAAUGUCGAUAUCGACGGUCGACAUUUUUUUUAAAUAAAUUUUUAUUUUUUUUCGUAAUUUAUUGAAUCUACAAAAUCAUCAUAAACUUACUACACCGUAUUUUAUUUAUGAAGUUUAAAUUAGCCGACAUUCAAUAAUUUUAGAUUUUUUUUAAAGAAAACUUAAAACACAGACAAAAAAUUCGUAUUUAAAGGAGCAUCAUUUCACCGUCUUAACUCUAAAAGAAGUAACUCUGUGAAAUAUAGCUGUCAAUUAACAAACUUCACUGAAGUGAUGCUUGACAGUUACCUGUUACAUUUAUAAUUUUGACUUGCAGUUUCUAUGUCAUUUGUCAUUAGUAACGUAGCGGUUGAAGCAAGUGUUUACUGUGAACUGUUUAUUCACAUUAAUUUAUUAAAUAUCUAGUUAGUAGUUACAUACAAAUAGUUCAGUUUCGAAAUGUCUUCUUCGGCCAAUUCUUCCAUUGUAUGGACGUAUUUUAAAAAACUUGAUGCAAGAAAUGUUUCUUGCAACUUAUGCGGGAAAAAUUAUAAAAGCAGUGGAAAUACUACCAAUUUAGCAACCCACUUAAAAACUAAACAUCAUCAUGCAUUUGCCCAACUUACUAUUAAAAAAAAGACAAAUAUUAAGACAGCGACACAUAAAGCAGGCGAAAACAUUAAUAAUAUGUCGAUAGCGCCGCCAUUAUCGAGACCAAAUACUGGACUUACUGGGAGUAACAGCUUCUCUGACAACCAAGAGGGUCUAGUUUGUCAGGUUAAUCACCAAGAGGAGGACUCUCAAAGCCUAGAAAAUAUUCCGGUCUUUUCAAGAUCACCAAAAUUAAAACAACCGACGGUUUUGCAAUUAUUUGAAAAAAGUGCAAGUUAUGAUGAUGGAGGCGAGCGCCAUAUUGCAAUCACCCAAAGUUUAAUCUACAUGAUAAUUAAGGAUAAUUUACCCCUUUCUUGUGUUGAAAAAGAGGGACUACAACAAUUUGUUCAUACAGCAUGUCCUCGGUAUAAAUUACCAUCAAGAUUUAAAGUAACUGAUUUAAUAGAACAAAGAUACAGUACAACAAAAGCUAUAUUAGUUAAUCACUUGCAAGAUACAAGAUACCUUACCAUGAGUAGUGACAUAGUUACAAUUACAAACUCCACAAGAAGUUUCCUAAUUGUGACAGUUCAUUUCCUGAAUGUUGCCGAUGCAAGUCUCAAUUGCUGUUGUCUAACUGCCCAUUACAUGACAGAGGGACAUUCAGGAGAAUACAUCAAAGAUUGUUUUGAAAGUAUAAUGAGUGAGUUUUCUAUAGAUAAAUCGAAAAUUUUAAAUUUCUCAACUGACAGUGGUAGCAACAUGAUUGCUGCUGUAACCUUAUUUUUGGGAGCAACGAAGAGGAUUCCUUGUGUUGCGCACACCAUAAAUUUGAUCCUGGAUGGGGUUUUAAAAAAAAAAUGAAAGUUUUUCAAACUUAGCUGAUCAAAUAAAAUCUAUUGUGACCUAUUUUAAACACUCAGUUAGUGCUUCUGAUCAAUUAAGAUCUGAGCAACUAGCAGAAGGAAAGAAAGAAGGCCAAAUAUUGAUGCUUAUUCAAGCAGUUAGUACUCGCUGGAACUCUUGUCUGGACAUGAUGGAAAGAUUCCUAAAAUUGUCUUCAAUUGUCGCAAAAGUAUUGGCAUCCAGAACUAAGAAUAAUGUACCUGAUAUGGUAGCUACUUCGCAAUUAACGAUUUUGCGCGAUUUAGUAACGCUUCUUAAUCCAUUUAAAACUGUAACAGAAGAUUUGAGUGCCGAGAAAUAUGUCACAGCUAGUUUAGUUAUACCACUAACGAAUUUAUUAAAACAAGAAAUCGAACAAAGUAAAACAUCAACUGCUAUUGGAGUGUCAGUACAAAAUGAUUUGUUAAAUGGUAUUCAAAGUAGAUUAGUGCCUUUACAAGAUAACCCUUUUUUGGCCAAAGCAACUAUCUUAGAUCCCCGCUUCAAAAAAUUACAUUUCAUGUCAGCAUUGGCUGGUGCUAAUGCAAUAUCCGAUCUGUCAAAAGAAAUAAUUGCAGAACACAAAAUAAGAGGAAAUCGUUCACCUACAGUAGGCGCUUCUCCACGUGGAGAAAAAGAAACAACUUCAUCAUUAUGGGAUCGACAUGAAGAUAUGCUCUUGAAAAAUAUGGCUAAUGCCAAUGAAGUUUCUGGCAGAAGUUUUGGUACAAUACCUGCUGAAUUAAAGCAGUAUUUAGAUCAGCCAAAUAUUUCAAGGUCAUCAAACGCCCUGAAAUUUUGGAUUGAUUGUCGGCAUUUUACUCCCGUCCUAUCAGAAAUAGCAGUUAAAUAUUUAAUUUCUUCUGCUACGUCUGUAGCAUCUGAACGAGUUGCUUCUACAAUCAAUCUUUUAGUGCCUAACAAUCGUAGUAGCCAAACAGCUGAACAUAUAAAACAAAGAGUAUUUUUAAAAACUCUUGCUGAAAAAUAUUGGUAUACAUAAUUUUGUUAUUUUAAUUUAAAAAAAUAUUACUAAGAACUAUAAUGCAACACUUAUGUUAUUUAAUUUGUUUAAUAAAUAUACUGGACUAUAAAUUUGUGUAAUCAUUUUUGAGCUGUGUUACAAUUUUUUUUAAAUAUAUCCGAUAUAUCGAAUUAUCGAUAUU